AUGUCGGCUACCCUCGACGACAUCUGGGACGCGCCUGUAGAGCCGUCAUCGCCCCGUAGGCCUUCCGCAUCUGACGCACCACAAUCGAACACGCCUGAACGGUCUGAGAGGCCACUUUUCCUGGCGUCAGACUCGGAGGACGAUGAGCCAAAGACACGCAAAAGAACGCCGCAAACUAAGAAGUCGGCCCGUCCGGACAUAGACGCGAUGUUCGACAACUUGGACGAUGAUGAGAACGCGUUUCAACCGCUGGCUCCCGCAUUGGACAUGAAUGCCCUGCAGAGAGAGGCGGAACAGCGUCAUGCGAGAAGUAGCCAAGGAGGUGACCUCCAUGCUAUUUUACCCAGCAGCUCGCCCGGGAGGGAACAGAGCAGGGAUAUGGCAGACAGCAACAACGAGAACAAAAAGUCGAACAAAGAUGGACCUAAGGAACGAAAAGUACUGCCGAAACUGGACGAGGCAAGGCUAUUAGGACCUAAUGGGUUUCCUGCCCUCAUAGCGGAGGCAAAGAAGUUCAAACCUCGCGGGAAGGGCCAAGAGGCUACAGACUUGAAUAGAGUAAUCCAAUUGUAUCAAUUCUGGGCGCACAAGAUGUAUCCCAAAAUGCAGUUUCGCGAUACGGUCAACAGAGUCGAGAAGCUCUGUCACUCAAAGAGAAUGCACGUUGCACUGAGUGUCUGGCGUGACGAGGCUAAGGGUCUCGUCAACGGGAUGAAACCAGACGACCCGAUCGACCUUGUUUCUGACAGUGACGAAGAUGAUGCUGAUGACGGAGAACGAACCAAACCCGACGGUCGGCAGUCACUGGGACGUGAUGUUGGCGGUGCCAGUGAUGCACGGUCCCGAGCUCCUAGCCGUCCGCCGUCUUCACCAUCGAUAGGUCAAGUCACCGACGUCGACGACUUCGAUAUCGACGCCAUGAUUCGCGAGGAGCAGGAGAUGGAAGCUGACCGAGUGCCUGCGCCUCAAGACACUCACCGGCCUACCGAAGGAGCCACCGCUGGGGAUGACAUGGAUAUCGACGAUGAAGCCAUGUGGGCUGAGAUGAUGAUGGAAGAUGCUGGUGUCCCCUCGAUACCUCCCGUCCCGACUUCAAUCAAGAAUACCGAUGAUAACACGACGGCCGCGGCCGCUCAGACGGGCGGUGCCAGUGUCAUGGAUGACGAAGACAUGUGGGACGUGGUCAGAGAAAUGGAAUUGGAGUCACAGAAGCCAGGCAGCUCAGUCGCUGCUGGUCCCGAGACUCUGCCGUCUGAGGAUCACACGACUGGUCCGUCCAGUGAAGGUUUGACUUCAUCUCCACAGAGGAAACGAAGAAUGUCAAAUGCGGAUGACUGGGACGAUAUGUAUGUUUAGACAGCUAGUAGUAGUAUUCUCGAUGUAAGUUCUGGUCCGUAUAUUAUAAUGUGAUUACACAUGCCC